CAUUUUAAGAAGUAUAAUAUGAGUCUUGUUUUAAAGCGCAUUUCAAAUUUUAACCGUCUAUCUGGCAACACCACAGAUUAUCUGGCAGCGACAUCGGAAGCGGUCAGCUGAUUAAUGGCGUUGCCAGAUGAUUUGCGCGUUGCCGGUAAAUUUCAGCGAGUUGGCAGUCCGCAAUGCAUUAAAAUUGCGCGUGUAAAAUAUUUGUUGUUAGUUGUAGUUGAUUUCACUCUAAAAUUUUGUAUUAAUUAGAUAAACAAAAAUGCCUGCGAUCGAAAAAUGUGUCAUAUAUGACUGGAAACGGCUGUGGCAAAUGGUGUCUGGCAUUCACUAUGAGACGCCGCAGGACACAGUGAAGGAGGAACUGCAUAAUGUUAGCUCCGAACUACAAGCCGGCGUGUUGCAGUUCAAGCCUAAAAGUGCCUCAAAUCUACAGCUUGAAGCACUUUUAAAGGAGAAGAAGCAGGAGAAACUGUUGCCCUUCACAGAGCGUUUGCAAGAGCUGCUAAAUUUGGAGACAGCCCAAUGCUGGGAGAUCUUGUGUUACUACUUGACCAAGGAGUAUCGUGGCUCGGCUAGUUUGCUAACCCAGCUCAUCUCCACGGAAACAAACAUGACCAAAUUGCUAGAAGAUAUUCGACACUACUAUUCACUGGAGCGCAUGAUUGUUCUAAAGAUUGUGAAGAACUUGCUUGUCUUCUACAAAGUAGCUAACCAUCCAUAUCACAACGAAUACAAGGAAGUGGUGGAUAAGAUUACGUUGCCUCGCUUGCUCGACUCGUAUCUCAAUCAGCUGGAUAGUCUCAUCAAUGAACUGCCUCCCCGCAAACUUCUUGCAGGCGAAUGCUUCUACUCCCCAGAGAGACUGACCAGCUGGUCGGAACGUAAUGCUCGUGAGAUUAACGAAGUGCUCCAUAUUCUGCUGCUGCUCGCAGAACACAUACCCUUCGAAUUUGUGCAUAUCAAGCGACUGUUUGCCACUAUUAAGCAGCACUCCUUUGGCCGCAUUCAGAACUAUCUCGAUGAGAGCAACGUUUACCACCAGGAGCUAAUCAAAAACCUAACGUACUCUGAGCUUGUGUUGCUGUUGAAGUGCUUCAGCUUUGAGCAUCCCAAGCAAAAUGCCCAGCUGAUUGAACAAAUCAUUCAGGAACUGCAUGUAGAAAUAGCAAAUAUGCAUCAUCGACCCGAGCAUGGUCCCCUCCUUUUAGUAUGGAUGCUGUUGCGCCUGCGUGGCACCAACGACUCUGAGGAUGCAUCCAGCUUGUUGCGCUGCCGACAAUUGGGUAAACGUGCUGUGGAACUCAAGUGCUUUGUCCAGCUGCAAGCGAUUGUGACUCACGCUAUGUUUGCCGAUGACAGUUUGCUGUCUCGUAUUGUGCGUAAGACCGUUUAUAAUCAACUGGCUUAUUUGUGUGAACUAUUCGAUGGCGACGGCAGCUGCGCCAGAUACGAGGGCAUUUAUGAGUUGCUCUGCGAGCUGUUGUCCUGGCCCCAAUUAGCCAAGGACUUUUGCAAUAAUGAAGAUGGUGGGGUACGCUCACUUUACAAUACGUUGCUUGAGAAUUUUCCGCUGGAAUUCAUUAACUUGGCUAAGUUGGCACAAGCUCUAACCAAGGCUGGUCAGGGUAGCUACAUUAAAACUCAAUUGGAAUCUUUGCCCAUGUUGGCGCUUCUUUACGAUGAGCGUCAACACAAACUCAAUGAACUGGGCUCUGAGGAAUAUGAGCUGAUGAACGUUGUGCAGCCUUUUCCCCGCAUUGAUUACACUUUGCCCGCUGGCACCUCAUGCACAGCAGUGCAACAUCCCAGUGGCUUCUAUAUGCACUUUCGAUGCAAUGUGAAUUUCUUCAAUGCACUACAUCAUGAGAUCAAUUGCCUGUUGCGAGAGAAAGCCCAAUUGCAUGGAGACUUUGACUCGAAUGAGCGCAUACUGCGCGUUGAAGCUGGCUUAAAGUAUUUAGUAUUGGCAGUGCAGCGCACCAAAUCGAUAGACGGCAUCAGCACUGAGAUGGUCCAUCCCACCGAAAUGUGCAUUGAUCUGCUGGGUAAAUUCAAGAGUGUACAAUGUCCACCUGAUGGUCUGCUGUCCAGUUGCCUCAAUGUCUGCACCGCACUGCUGCCGCUGGUCGACGAAGAGAUCUUUAGACGCGUGAGCAAUUUGGAUAUAUUGCCCACGAUAAGCAACGGUUCUCUGCAGGAUUACAAGCUGUAUGCAAGCGCCUCUUAUUUCGAGUCGCGCUUCUUGGGCUCAGUUAUUGAUAAUGUGGAAAAGAAGCAGGAACGCUUCGAGUUCCUCAUGGCCUACCUUAGUUUUUUGCGCACCUAUACAAAGUUGAAACGCAAGCGCUAUCUGCAAGUGGAAUUGCCGGGUCUCAUUUUUCUGCUACGCGAUGUCUUCCCCCAUCUGCACACCUGGCAUUUCAAAUCACAGACGGAGAAGAAUAAAAUCUAUUUUGAAGUGCUCAGCUUUAUUUGCGAUCUCUUUGACAUUCUCGCCAGCAAUCCGGAGAAGAAUUGCAAGGAGAGUCAGUUGCUGCUCAAUGUCUGUGUUUAUUCGCUGCUCAAUCUGGACAAUGGUUUAAUUUUGCUACGAUUUGUGGGUGUAGGCAACGCCUUUCUCCAAUACACUAUGGAGCUGGAGACGAACUGGAUGCAACAGCAACCGCAUGGUCUGAUGAUGCUGGUGCGCCUAUCCAUGCGUAUACUCAUGCAGGUGCUCUGUCUGAAGAGUCAUGUCUACAGCUCUGAUGCAUUGUCACCUUUAGAGGCUCUUAUCUACACGCAACCCAAGCAACGCGAUACUUUGCGGAUUAUACCUACUGUCUGCAGUUAUAUGAGCAAUAUCUUUGAUCGCUGGCUGCCCAUUGCAUCAUGUAGACUGCUGAAGAGGAUUGCGCUGGAGUUUAACAUGUCUUUGUUGGCCUGUCUGGACAUGGAGGCAGAUCAAAUACGUUUAACGUUUAUGCAGAAGCUACCCGACGAGCUGGAAAGUGAUUCGGUUAAGAUAGCCAUACUAGAGUUGGUGGACGCUUGUAUUGCGAAACAGCCAGGCGUUACGGAGGCCUUCUUCAAGGUAAACUAUGGCAACGACAAGCGCUCUUUCUUUGGCAAGGAAUGUACGCCCAGCAUUGGCGACAGCAUCGUCACCUACAUGAAGGAGUUUCUCGAUGCCCUCGAGGCUGAACCACUGACAAUUCAACAGACUUUGCCCAGCAAAAUUAUGAACAUAUUUCACUCGCUGUGGAAACACAAUCUGCAAAUGCUGGUGGAUGAGCUGCUAAAGAAGCCCCGCUUCUGGACAAAGCUCUGCAGUCCGCUCUUCGCUAAACCAACACCUCAGCCUCAAGUGCGCGUCUACACACAGUUGAUGAACAUUGUGUCGAUUGAGGCCUACAGUAUGGGCAACAAGCAAAACGAUGAGCUGCGCGAAGUGCUGAAGAAAUUCUUCGAUCGUGACUGCUUCCAGCAGUGGCUCAACUAUAUCUUUGAUAUGCCCAAGGUGCCAGCAGUGCUUUCUGCAAACGAGGAGCUGCCUGACUGGAUUUGUUGCUUGCAGUCUUUCAAGGAUUUGAUUGUUAUACUGCUAAAGAAGCAACCCAAUUUAAUCACCAUACCCGACGCACAGUUUAAGCAGCUGGCUCAGAAGUGCCUCACUGUGUUGGUGGAUCGUGCACACUACUUGGAAGAUAUGCGCCCAUUCAUUAUGCUGGCUGAGCUCUACAUUUUUCUGAUAUUGCGUUUUAAGCAUGCUUAUACUAGCAACAGCGAUGAGGAGCAUGAACUCAUGGAACAGCUGCUGCAACUAAUGAGUCGUAUCUGCUCCUGCUAUGAAGAUUUGCAUGUGCGUGCCAAGGAAGCGUGUCUGGCUAUCAUCACCAAGAGCGCGCAUCUCUACACCAACUUAUUGGUCAGAGACUCAUCGAUUGCGCUGCGUUUCCUCAACUCGGUGGUAAGCAUCAUUUGCACAGAGCUGCAGAAUAUGGAGAAGUCCGUCAAUCUGGAUCAACUGGCACAAACUCAGCCGCCGCCCGAGGAAACCAACGGCAAGGCAUCCACGAAUUCGCUGAUCUUGUGCCUCAAUCUGCUGAAAGCAGUUGCCACAAUUUUCAAUAACGAUGGACCUGGCAACUGGGAUCUGCCUUUUGUUUCUGUGCGUCUGUUUCAACGGCUGCUGCGCUGCGUCUCCUACACAUUGCCGCUGCAUCGCAAGCGUGUGCUCACUGUGCAGCUGCUGGAUGUGCUGAUUGUGUUUGCCAAGAGCAACUGCUCAGUAGAGUUUCUGCACUGUGAUGUGGGCGAGCAUCUGUGGCUCAAGAUGCUGCCACCACGUGAGCUGCUGCAGACCAGAUACGAGUUCAAUAAGGCCACCAACGAUAUGUGGACCAUGGAAGAGUGGUGGCCCAUCUAUGCUCGUGGCAUUGAGCUGGUUGACAUCAUCUUUGACAAGCACAAGAAAUGCUUUCUGCAGGAUGCGCUGCAGUUCGUUGGCAUACAUGAGGUGUAUCUCGUCGACUCGCUGCUGCUGGGCAAGCAAUCACUGGAGCCUGCGGCCAUGCAGCUCAUCAAGGCAUCAAUUUCAUUGGUAGCCAGCCUCACGGAGCACCACAAGGAAUGGGCGCAGGAACAUUCCGCCUCGCUCUUCAAUAUUAUGAGUGCUGUUCAGGGUCUGAUGUGCCAUGUAACGUCCAUGUUUCACCAGCAACGCAAUUUGAAAUGUCUGCUAGCCGGCAGACGGUCCCAGCUCGAAAUAUUGCGCAACACGGAGUCCAUAGCAAUCGAUGAUGACAUCAUCAAUGCCUGCAAUGACCUCACAGAUAUCAUCAUCUACUGCGUGAAGGCGUUGCUCAAAUUCAGUCCCGAUCUGUUGUAUCUCUUGUGCUCCAGCAUCUAUGAGCCACACAAGUGGCGACCACUGCUGGAUGUUAAGUUUGGUGCUCCCAAGUUGAGUGAGAGCAACGUAACGCUUACUUUUGGCAUGGUAUUGAAUAUGGUCAGCAUUUAUGUGAAGGCACUGAACAUGCAAAAUCAUGGAUUCAACGAAGUGCCACUAAAUAUGCUGCCAGUUGUGGAGGAUGGCGAUGUGACAACCAAUGUGUCCAGUAACAACAGCCUGACAGGCGAGACUAGUCGAGGCCAACGAAGCUUCACGAAAUCUCUCUCGGUUAAUUCAAUUGCAUCAGCUGCUUGUCCCUCGAACGAAUUACUUGCCAAUCUGGAUGGUCAACUGUGUCUGGUGGCGCUGGAGCAUCUGCUCAUGCUGGUGGCAUCGCAGAGCAUUUAUGUGAUUCGCUCGCCGGAGCUGGAGCCACGCUGGAAACAGAUUGUGCGUCGUGACAUCAGCAGCGAGCUGUUGUGCUUUCAUGAGUUUGUGCGACGUAGGGUGAUUGUCGACUAUCGGGACUCGCGCUGUCAGUGGGUGCGACGAAAGCAUGGUCUGCUGAAGAUUAAGCAAUCAGAUGCAGCGAUUCUGGCGCCUAGUCAACGCAACGCCACAGAAGUGGUGCGACGCACGAGCAGCACCGCUAAUGAGUUAAGGGUCAAUGUGGUGCGACGUCUUCAUCUGCAGCAACAACAGCAUGCACCACAGUCGAGCGAAAAUAAUUUCGAGGUCACACAAGUGCUGAGUCCAAUUGCGGCGCCUUACAGCUCAGCUGCUGGUCACAACAUCGAAGCCUCUACACCGCAAGCAGCCAUGGAGCUGGGUGAUACUCCUAAAGGCCAUUUGGAGAGCAGAAAGCGUCCGCAUUUUGGCCAACUUCAACACAAUCCACAGGAUGAAGCAGCGCUGGCCAUUGAGGUGCAGUACUUUGCCCCCACAACGUCGAGUGGCUACAGCGAAUUGUCGCAGGUGCAGCUCGUCGAGGAGGACUAUCUGCAACUGAUGUCCGCGCUGUUUGGCGUGAUACCGCAGAGCGAGCCGGCACGUGAGAGUUCGAGCGGCAUGUGAAUGAAUUAUUUGUUUAGUAUAAGGCAUUGAGAAAUGCGAGAAAUGAUUGAAAUAAAGUUGAAAGUUUACAUAA